AUGCGCCUGCUACUGGAGGCCGGCGCCGACCCAAAUGUUGCCAUGAUGAAGGCGCUGGACAUCGUGCGCCUGCUACUGGAGGCCGGCGCCGACCCCAACGUCGCCGAGACGAACAAAAGAGCGACGCCGCUGAUGAUAGCGGUGAGGGAGGGCAAUGAGGCGGUGGUGCGGUUGCUGCUCUUACACGGUGCCGACACCAACGCUGCGGACUCGCAGGGAGAGACCUCCCUGUACCACGCGGCUAGCUGUGGCCAGCUAGACAUUAUGCGCCUGCUACUGGAGGCCGGCGCCGAUCCAAACGUCGCAGUGACGAAGAGUGGAAUGACACCGCUGACGAUCGCGCUAGACAUUAUACGCGUGCUACUGGAGGCCGGCGCCGAUCCAAACGUCGCAGAGACAAAGAGUGGAGUGACGCCGCUGACGAUCGCGGUGAGUGAGGGCGAGGAGGCGGUGGUGCGGAUGCUGCUCUCACACGGCGCCGACGCCAACGCCGCGGACUCGUACGGAUGGACCUCCCUGUUCUACGCGGCUUGCUAUCGCCGGCUGGACAUCGUGCGCCUGCUACUGGAGGCCGGCUCCGAUCCCAACGUCGCCAAGAAGAUGAGCGGAGAGACCCCGCUGAUAAUGGCGGUGAGUAACGGUAAUGAGGCGGCGGUGCGGAUGCUGCUCUCCCACGGCGCCGACGCCAACGUUGCGGACUCGCAAGGACAGACCUCCCUGUACCACGCGGCUUUCUCUGGCCAGCUGGACAUCAUGCGCUUGCUACUGAAGGCCGGCGCAGAUCCAAACGUCGCCAAGAAUAAGAGCGGUGAGACGCCGCUGAUGAUGGCGGUGAGGAAGGGUGACGAGGCGGUGGCGCAGAUGCUGCUCUCACACGGCGCCGGCGCCAACGCCGCGGACCAGCAAGGACGGACCUCCCUGUACCACGCGACUUGCUUUGGCCAGCUGGACAUCAUGCGCCUGCUACUGGAGGCCGGCGCGGAUCCAAACGCCGCAGACUCGAACGGACAGACCUCACUGUACCACGUGGCUUGCUUUGUCCGGCUGGACGUCAUGUGCCUGCUACUGGAGGCCGGUGCAGAUCCAAACGUCGCCAAGAAUAAGAGCGGUGAGACGCCACUGAUGAUGGCGGCGUGGGAGGGCGAGGAGGCGGCGGAGGCCGGUGCUGAUCCAAACGUCGCCAAGACGCAGACCGGGGAGACGCCACUGAUGAUGGCGGUGAGUAAGGGCAAGGAGGCGAUGGUGCGGAUGCUGCUUUCACACGGCGCCGACGCCAAUGCCGCGGAUUCGCACGGAGAUACAUCCCUGUUCAUCGCGGAUUACUCUCGCAGGCUGGACAUCGUGCGCCUGCUACUGGAGGCCAGUGCAGAUCCAAACGUCGCCAAGAAGAAGAGUGGACAGACGCCGCUGAUGAUGCAUGCUGAAGACGUCAGUAUUGGGUAUCGCUGCUUCCGAGACGGAGCUUCGGGCUUCUGCACAGCCGAGGAAACUUCGUCGAAUGAAAAUUACGCGGCUCACUUUGGUUGGCUGGACAUUAUGCGCCUGCUACUGGAGGCCGGCGCCGACCCAAAUGUUGCCAUGAUGAAGGCGGGUGAGGAGGCGGCGGCACGGAUGCUGCUCUCACAUGGCGCCGGCGCCAAUGUUGCGGACUCACAAGGACGGACCUUCCUGUACCACGCGACUUGCUUUGGCCAGCUGGACAUCAUGCGUCUGCUACUGGAGGCCGGUGCAGAUCCAAACGUCGCCGAUAAUAAGAGCGGAGUGACGCCACUGAUAAUGGCGGCGGCGAAGGGGUACGAGGAGGCGGUGGUGCAGAUGCUGCUCUCACACGGCUUGGCUUAA